AUGGCUGCUUUUUCCUACACGACCAUAUUUUUCCUGGUUUCCUCCACUUUGGCACAUACUGCUUUUUCAGCAUUCUUCAAACCACGUGAUAUAAAUAAAUGGCCUAAGCCCCCAUGUAAAAUGUACUACCCACUGGAUCCUUCUUAUACAUCAGAGUGUCCAGAUGUGAUAUCAUAUGUUUGUGCUACAAAUGGCCACACUUACAAGAAUGAGUGUUUUUUUUGUGUUGAUCAGUGUUCUUACUCUGCAAUGUACUGUAUACUAGGGGCUAGUGAAGCAAGCAAACAAGGCAGGCAAGAUCCUGUUCUCAUGGAACCUGCAUCGCAGGAGCCAGAGAUGAAUAAUGUGCAAAUAAAGCAACAGGCAAUAACAGCCAUUAAACUAUACCUGGAUUACUGCCCAGCCGUGGUGCUGGCUUCCUUCUUUCCCUCCAGCUAA